AUGACGUUGUCCGAUGACGAACGCAGCGACGUGAGCGACGACGAGACGACGGAGCAGCAGUCGACGCCCGAGGAGCCCAUUGAAGACUGCCGCAACUCGGACGUCGUGACCAAGUACCGUCUGGCGGCCGAGAUUGCGCAGUCGGCGCUGGAAGGCGUGCUCGGGCAGCUGGAAGCCGGCAAGGACGUGGUCGAGCUGUGCAAGUUCGGGGACCUCGUGGUGCAGCAGCGCUGCGGCGCGAUCUUCAAGACCAAGAAGAUCGACAAGGGCGUGGCCUUCCCCACGUGCAUUAGCGCCAAUGAGAUUCUGUGCCACUACUCGCCCUUGGCGACCGAGUCGAAGACGCUAAUGGCAGGAGACUGGGUCAAGAUUGACCUUGGCUGUCACAUUGACGGCUACGUGGCUGUGGUCGCCCAUACGGCGAUUGUACCCAGCACUGGAUCAGCCCUGGAGACGGAGUUCCCGGAACUGAAAGGGGAAGAAGCCGACGUGCUCAAGUGCGCGCAUGACGCUGUGGAGCUCUGUGCGCGACUGAUCAAACCGGGCAACACGAACUUGCAGGUGACGGAAGCGUUGAUGCGGCUUGAAGAGUCGUACGGGGUCAAGAGUCUCCAGGGCACGCUUAUGCACCAGCUCAAGCGCUUUGUCAUUGACGGCAAUAAAGUCAUUGCCCAGAAGACGGACGUGGAGAACCGCACGCCGAAAGUCACGUUUGAACCGCAUGAGGUGUACACGAUCGAUGUAUGUUACACCACGGGUAGUGACAAGCCCGUGACGAGUGAACGACGCACGACAGUGUUCAAGCGGCAGGUGGACAAGCAAUACCGUCUCAAGAUGAAGGCCUCGCGGUACGUGUUCAAAGAGAUCAACCACAAGUUUCCAACCAUGCCGUUCACCAUCCGCGCGUUCGAAGACGAGAGCCAAGCGCGCAUGGGCGUCGUCGAGUGCGUCAAGCACGACUUGCUGCAGGCGUAUCCGAUUCUGGAAGGACGAUCGGGUGACAAGGUCGCGCACUUUAAGGCGACGGUGCUGCUGCUACCGAGUGGCACGACCAAAAUUACGGGGCUGUCGUUCCCGAGCGAGCGCGUGCUGUCUGAAAAGACUGUAGAUGAAGAGACGGCCAAGAUUCUUGCUACAUCUUUGAAGAAGAAGAACAAGAAGAAGAAAAAGAAAGCCUCGGCCUAA